AUGUCUGCUCAGCACACCUAUGGAAUCGAGACGGAUUCUAUGACAUUGCAGCGGUUUGUGCUGGCUGAGCAGCGUAAACAUCCUGAAGCCACCGGUGAUCUCACAAAUCUUCUCACUUCACUUCUUACUGCAUUUAAGGCAAUUUCAAGCGCGGUACGAAAGGCCGGCUUGGCUAAUCUCUAUGGUAUUGCAGGCAACACCAACGUUCAAGGAGAAGAGGUCAAAAAGCUGGAUGUUCUUAGUAAUGAGCUGAUGAUCAACAUGAUACGCUCAUCGUACACGUGUUGUGGAAUGGUUUCGGAGGAGAACGAUAACAUAAUCGAAGUUGACGAGGGUAAACUCGGCAAGUACAUUGUAACCUUCGAUCCGCUAGAUGGGUCUUCGAACAUCGAUUGCCUUGUCUCAAUUGGUUCGAUUUUCGGUAUUUGGAGAAAAGCUUCCGACGACGUAGCUCCUGCAACGAAAGCCGAUUUCAUGCAGCCGGGCAGUGCUAUGGUAGCUGCCGGAUAUUGCCUGUACGGUUCCGCCACUAUAGUCGUACUUUCCACUGGAGACGGUGUGAACGGAUUUAUGCUUGAUCCGGUAAAUGAUUAA